AUGUCCGAAUCCGUGAACACCUGGUCCGCCUGGUUCACCAGCGCCAGAAAGCCAUACCUCAAGAUUGGGGAACUUCGCACUGCUGACUCUCGCCCAAAGAUUGACACCCAAUGGAAGAAAACCACAUUUGCUUCCCGAGAGGAAUACACCGUCUGUGUUGGGUUCUCGCUGAUUUUCGAGCACGAAUAUGCUACCCGAAAGACCGUGGACCCUGAGACAAAAGAGAGCAAGCAAGUUCGGACACUCAUGACAAUGUUCACGCUUCCCUCCAACAAUCGAUUUCAUUUCGCAUACAUAAAAAUCCCCGAGAACUUUGUGUUCAAGGACGAUGAAAAUUUUGACAUCAGGCCCUCAUAUGCUAGUACAGACAGCUUCUCUGAGACGCGUAUCGUGAUCAUCGAAAAACACCAUCUCUGCCCCAACGGAUGGGUCACUGCUCGAAUUUCCCAAUCAUGGGAUACUGAGCAGUCGCAAUUCAUUUCAUCGAGGGAAAAACCUCUUUCAUUGACCGAGAAUACAACACUCAUUGAGCAGAUCAAUGCUAGUUUCCAACUGUACAGUAACUGCGAGUUACAAAAAGGCCUGUGGAGAAUGCUGCUGUCCGGUAGCCUUGAGCACUUCCGUUCAAUAAAUCUCUAUGGAAAAUUACGGCAAGACUUAUUUGAACGCUUUGAACAGCAGCUUCUACGAUUUUCAAAGUUCAAUCCCCGCCAACUGGAGGCUUUCCGACAUUUGCAUGAGCUUUCGGGCCCUUUUGCCUUGAUCCAGGGCCCCCCAGGAACGAGGAAGACUUUCUGGUUGCUGCGGCGUUUGCUCCCCUUUCUGAAUGAAAAUAUCGAGACUAACACGAAGCAUCAACUGCUCAUCGUAACACCUACAAACGAUGGUGUUUAUCGAACAGCAAAAGAUAUGCAUGAGGCUUGCCUCGGCAUGUUUGAAGCUCGCGGCUCAAAACAGGUCGUUGUCGUCCGUGUGCAGCACCUUCCGGGUAGUGACCCCAUGAAGUCAUCAUUCCCCCGAGAGGUUUUGGAGAUUCUGAAUAACAUGAUUUUCACGGAAGCAGUGUUGAAUUCCAGAUUUAGCGGCCCCGAGAGCAAUCAACAUUCUAUGCUGGCCCAUUCCAAUGUUGAACUGACAUAUGCGCACUGGAUGUUACGUCUUUCUGGGAUCAUUCCAGAAGCUGAGAGAGAGCCGGUCGAUAAGUACAAGUCAUUCCGCAACUUGUUUGAGAUGUUUCGAAGUCAAACUUCCAUUGAUGGAAAGGGGCGGAUAGAAUUUUGUAACAACACCAACACACUUCUUCUCGCUGUACUCCAGAUGGCAGAUGUAAUUGUUUGCACGCCCUUUACAGCUGGUCACCCCACAAUUGUGCGUUCCAUCAAGCCAGCUGUAGUUGGAGUUGAUGAGGCUGCAAAGUUUACAGAACCUGAAAUGUGGCCAAUUCUGGCCCAUUAUUACCCAAGUCCUAUUAUCAUGGUGGGCGACCACCAUCAGCUAGCGCCCACGGUGACCUCGAGUUCGGAGAAAAACCCGUUUGCCUAUCAACUUCGUCUGUCAUUGUUCAAGCGCUUGAUUGAUAGGGAAAAUGCCUUGAUUAUGCUUGAAGUACAGCAUCGCAUGCAUCCAGACAUUUCCAACCUUGUGAAUCGGAAGUUCUAUGACAGUAAACUCACAGAUCAUGAAAGGACGAACAACGAGACCGCUUCGUUCCUACGCGACUUCAACAAAAAACGCUUUGGGGUGGAAACCAAUCUGCUCUUCAUUGAUGUCUGUCCCAGCGAGGUUGAAAUACAAUACCACUCCAAGAAAAAUACAGCCCAUGCAGCGAUUUCUAUUGCCUUGUGCAAAGAAUUACUUGGGUUAGAAGGGCUCUCAUCGAAGGAUAUCAUUAUCCUGGUGCCAUAUGAGGCCCAGUUCCGAAAUUACUUGAAGUAUGUUACACUUGAGCAUCGGAAUGAUCGUUCUCUCGGCCUCGACAAGGUGUCCGUGAAGAAAAUCGACUCCUUCCAGGGCGGAGAGAGCCCGAUUGUGAUCUUCGAUAUGACAGUCACCACGCAUGCUGGAUUCCUCGAUGAUAAAACCCGGUUGAAUGUUGCAAUCAGUCGAGCCAAGAACGCCCUGUACGUUGUGGGAAACAUGAAGGCCAUGCGAUCGAGCAUUUGGAGCGACGAGUAUGAACGGAGAUACGCAAAGUUGACACAGGUCCUAAAUCAUUUUACAGAGGCCAAGCUCUGCGCAUCUGAUUCAAAUGGCACACCUGCUGCUGCCUCCUCUGCACUAUCGGGACACUCCAUCAAAGUGACCAAGGAAGCAAAGAAGUUAGAAGAGGUCGAGGCAGGUCUACACAUCACACUCAAUGCACGCACCACUGUUGCUCAAUUACUGGAACCUGCUGCAGUCCCCAUGGCCGAAGAAGUUGAGGCCGCCAUGGUGGAAAAUCCGGAGGUGUCAGACGUUAUAGUCCAUAACGAUUAUAUAUAA